UUGUGUCUAUUGAUUCCGAGCCGGAGACUUUUUUGUGUGAUGAGCUUCAGUUUGUUCCUGAUUAAGGACCUGGAGGGUCACCGGGACCAGGACCGCGACCGAGACCAGGACCGAGACCAGGGUUAGGCGUUCCACCAUUCCCUCCCAGUGCUCCCACCAUGAGCGUGCAGCCCCGGAGGAUCCGUCUGAAGCCCUGGUUGUUGGCGCAGGUGAACAGCGGCAGGUAUCCUGGUCUGCAGUGGCUGAGCUCAGAACACCGACUCUUCCAGAUCCCCUGGAAACACGCCACCCGUCACACGCCAGCGUCAGACGAGGAGAACACCAUCUUCAAGGCGUGGGCUGUGGAGACUGGUAAAUACCAGGAAGGUGUGGAUGAACCUGAACCGGCCAAGUGGAAAGCGAACCUUCGCUGUGCUCUGAACAAAAGCAGGGAGUUUCAGUUGAAAUACGACGGCACGAAAGAAACUCCCCUUCAACCGUACAAAAUCUACGAGGUCUGUGAGCAGGGCAGGAACACAGAUGGUGCUGAAGAUGAAGAUGACGAUGAGAUGCCCAAUCUGAUGGACCUCACAAUCAACCCCAGGAUCAGUGACCCCCCCUCCUUCAGCUCCUUCCCAGCGCAGUCAGAGACAGCGUAUGAUAUGAUUCCCAUGACCUCUGACCUCCGGGUCCAGAGAAGCUUCGUCCAUCCUGCCAGACUGUCUAACGGACUCCAAGACCUGAAUUCUCUGCCCCCCCCGGCAGCGUCUACUCCCCCCGGGCCGGCACUAAUGGAGGCCAGCAGCAUGGGGGACGUCCAGAACCACCAACCUUGCAAGUACGACCUUCUGAGCAGCGUCCCACUAACAGAUCUGGACCUGAAGUUCCAGUAUCGGGGCCGGACGACAGGCUCUCUGACAGUCAGUAACCCUCAGGGCUGCCGGCUUUACUACGGACACCUGGAGCCGACCCCGGAGCAGGUGGACCUGUUUGGGCCAGUCACCCUGCAACAGGUCCUGUUCCCUGGGACGUCUGAUGUUCAGAACCAGAAGCAAAUGUUCUACACCGAGGCCCUGCUGGAUGUCAUGGACCGCGGGCUGAUCCUGGAAAUCUGGGAGCAAGACAUCUAUGCUGUCCGCCUCUGUCAGUGCAAAGUGUUCUGGUCUGGACCCGGCAUGCCUGAGCACGGUCCACCGAACCCCCUGGAGCGAGAGAAGAAGAUCAAGGUGUUCAGCCUCAACGACUUCCUGCAAGGGCUGAUCCUGUUCCAGAGAGGGGAAACUCAGAACCCUCCACCCUUCGAGAUCUACUUCUGUUUCGGAGAGGACUGGCCCGACAAGAAACCCAAAGAGAAGAAACUCAUCAUCGUCCAGGUUGUUCCUGUCGUGGCUCGGAUCCUAACAGAGAUGUUCUCUGGAGAACUCAGUUGGUCCAUCGACAGCAUCCGGCUGCAGAUUUCAAACCCUGAUGUGAAAGACCAGACAGUGGAGCAGUUCAAGGAGCUGCAGAGGCUCCUGCAGAGCCAACACAUCCAGGGACCCUGGACCCCUAACGUCCCCUGAUCCACACAUCCAGGGGCACUGGACCCCUAACGUCCCCCGAUUCAAUUCAAUUCAGUUUAUUUUGUCUAGCCCAAUAUCACAAAUUACAAAUUUGCCUCAGAGGGCUUUACAAUCUGUACACAUACAAAAUGACAUCCCUGACCUUUGACCUCACAUCGGAUCAGGAAAAACUCCCAAGAAAUAGAAAAAAAAACCUUCCCGGGGGUAAAAAAGGUAAGAACCCUUCAGGAGAGCAACAGAGGAGGAUCCCUCUCCCCGGAUGGACAGAAGAAUAGAUGUCAUGUACAGAUGAACAGAGUUACACAUUCAAUGAAUAUGACAGAAUGUAUGAAUAAUUAGUAGUAGGCAUGGACCACGAUCCAGACCUCCACAAUCCAUGAAACAGAAAGAGGUAUAGAGGAGGUGGGUCCACACAUCCAGGGGCCCUGGACCCCUCGACGUCCCCUGAUCCACAUAUCCAGGGGCCCUGGACCCCUCGACGUCCCCUGAUCCACAUAUCCAGGGGCCCUGGACCCCUCGACGUCCCCUGAUCCACAUAUCCAGGGGCCCUGGACCCCUCGACGUCCCCUGAUCCACAUAUCCAGGGGCCCUGGACCCCUCGACGUCCCCUGAUCCACAUAUCCAGGGGCCCUGGACCCCUCGACGUCCCCUGAUCCACAUAUCCAGGGGCCCUGGACCCCUCGACGUCCCCUGAUCCACAUAUCCAGGGGCCCUGGACCCCUCGACGUCCCCUGAUCCACAUAUCCAGGGGCCCUGAACCCCUCGACGUCCCCUGAUCCACAUAUCCAGGGGCCCUGGACCCCUCGACGUCCCCUGAUCCACAUAUCCAGGGGCCCUGGACCCCUCGACGUUCCCUGAUCCACAUAUCCAGGGGCCCUGGACCCCUCGACGUCCCCUGAUCCACAUAUCCAGGGGCCCUGAAUCCCGACGACCCCCCACGAAAUUAGAGAACAACUUACUUUUAAAGACUCUGAACAUGUUAAAGAUUUAAAUGUUUUUUAACUUUUUUUGACUAAAAACUAAAUCUCAUCUGUUGAGAAACAAAGUUUGUCAGCUGAUCUCAGCUCAGCUUUAAAAUAAGUUAAACUUAUAGUUUUAACUAAAGCCGACUGAUCAUCAAAAUUGUAUUCACUUCAAGGACUCAUGUCUCUCAUGUAAUUCAUACUGACUGAAGUGAUCAGCUGUAAAAGAUGGAGCUCAAUGUUCAUGUAACGCUUCGCUCCACUGCAGCUGAUACUAAACACUUCAGUAUUAUAGAAGUAUUGUUAAUGUUAGGCUUUAAAAACUCAAACAUGUUCAAUGACCGUAAAACAGUAAGAUUACCAAUAAACACCACUGCAGUAUUCUUUCAUA